AGCGCGGUUGCUAUGACGCUCUGGCCUGAGAAGGCACCUGCAGCUGGCCGCGGAGCAGCGGUGGAGGAGCCGUGCGACUCGGGACUCUCCAAAAGACAAUUUCCGACCUGGUUCCUGAGGUUCCCCCUGUUCCCGCUUCAGCCCCGAGGAGGAAAGCGCCUACUCCCCGUCCCUUUUCAGCAUUCUACGUCUUUCCCGCUCGUCUCCCCAGUAUGGCCUGAAACAGGAGAGCCUGUCGUAGCUCUGCCUUUGUAGUCGCGGGCUGGAGUGAAACCGCCUGAAGAAGGGCUCGCCCGUCUCCUGGGACCCAGCCGCCCCAGGCCUUUAGGUUUAGGCUGCCUGUCUUGCUGAGAGAGAGCUUGGAACCCCGUCAGUCAGCUAGGCGGGCGUUCCUUUUCCCACCGCCCAGGCGAAGACUCGGCCCUGCACCGCCAACCGCGCCUGAAGGUCCCGGCCCGGACGAAGUCCUCGGAGCCACGGCUUCCCCUGGUUGUAGGCUGUUUUCUGCCUUUUCGCCUUAGGUUCAUCAUGCGGAACCUUAAUUCCCGAUGAAGCUCUGGAGGCCUUUUGUAUCUUCAGCAUCAGACGUCAUCAAGUCAGUUACUUUCUGCCUUUCCAGCUACAACCUCAUCCAUUUCUCUCAUCACCCAGAGUGCCAGUUUUCUCAUCCUGCUCAUUCCACAGCCAUUUUCACCCUUUCUUGUCCACGCUGCGCGUCACUGAAUGUCCAUUCGUCUCCACCAUCUCUGCCAUCUACAGACCACCUCCCUCUGCUUUCCUACUACAAUGCUUUGGGUAGCUAAGUAUUCCACAUUCUCCAGCUCUGGGAUCAUUUGGAAGAUUUUCUCUGUUUCUCUGCACUGUGGCAAGCUUCCUGUCUUGGGUAAACUAGAGACUAACAUGGAGAAGCGCACACUGAUAGAUCUGGAGCUUCACAGAGAUGGAUUAUUAUUUAAUGCUAACAAUCCCAUGAGAAUGAAGACAGGCUGAGCACUGCUACCAGAAAUUUAGAAGAGCUUACAGUGAAGCACACGGAAGCAAUGAAAGAAUUAAGAAAUUCAGAUUGCUUGGAAAUCACUCUGCUGUGUUUCAUCAUCUCAGCUCAGAUGGAAAAGUAUGCAAACCGUGUCCAUACCUUAACAGAGGAAAGAGAAACAUUGUCUCACGGUUGUGAAAAGGAAAACAAACAGUUUAGACAUGAGCUUAAAGUGCUCCAACCGAAACAGGAAGUGCAAAUAAAAGAGGUUGAAGAAAUGUUGUAUCAAGAGGGCUUAUCUGAAAUAGCUCUGAGCAGCCCCAGUGAACAGAUUGCAUACUUACUGGUAGAAAGAAGUACACUCUUGCAGAAACUGGAAGCCCGGGGCCCAAAGCCGGAGUCACAAAGGUGUAUGACCAGUAAAUUCCUGAAAGAACAUCCCCAGGAGAACUUUGAACAAAACCACCAGCCUCUGCGGAGAGAACAGGAGAAACAUCAGGAACAUGUGCAGCAGUCUAAAAAAAAUCUGAGAGAGUCCCAUAAUGAAGACCUGGAAAAAGAUAAAACAUCACAAAACUGCCUAGAGAGAAAUGCAGAACAAGUAGCAGAGAGGUUAAGGAUGGCCCAAGAAGAAAUCCAAAGGCUCACUGAUGAGCUACAAGGGAAGGAGAAAGAACAGAGUAAGUUAGACUCUGCACUUAAGAAGGCUCAACUAGAAAUAGAACACUUGAAAGAAAAUUUGAUAAAGCUGAAAGAGAAUGAUUCAAUUGACCUACAGAAAGCAAAGGAACAUAAUCAGAGACUGGAUGAAGAAAUUUUGGCUUUAAGAAAUCGGGUUCGAUCACUUGACUCAGAAAAAAAAGUGCUUGGAGAAGUAGUUGAAAGGCUCAAAGGAAAGAUUCAUGAAUCUCAAGAGAAUAAGCAACUUGGAAACCACUCCCCUGGGAAAACUGUGGGUGCUGAACAGAGAGAACAGAUUUUGAAAAUGAGCCAAGAAAAAAUUGACGUAUUUGAAAGUAAGUUGUCAGAAGAGAGAGAAAGGAGAAAGCAAUCGACAUCUGAUCUUAAUACUGUACAGAAGGCUUUGAAAGUUGAUAGUGAGGAGUUGCAAAAAUCAAGGUCAGAACUUAUAUGCCUUUAUAAUGAAAUUCAAAGUCUUCCAAGGGCAGCAGAAUACAGAGACAUUUAUUUAAUAACAUAUGACCUGCUACAAAGAGAGAAUUCUGAAUUAGAAACAAAGGUCUUGAAGCUUUCACAAGAAUUUGAACAAUUAAAUCAUUUUACUGUAGAGAGAAAAACUGCAGCUACUAAUUUAAUUACAGGUGAAAAUAUCUGUAAAGAUCUUGUGUCUAAAGAACCAAUUUUGGAAGUAGAGAGUGAAAGCCCAAAGGAAGAGGAAAAGGAACUCUGUCCUGAACUAGGAGAAAGUAAGCAGAAGGAAAUUCCUGAGGAGUCAGUAGAGGAGGGCACUUUGCCAAAAGAGAGGCAGGAGGAGGAGGACUCACAACAGAACCAAGAUAUGAAAGGCGGAGAACAACAGUUGACCUUGAAGCCUGAGGAAACUGUGAGGCUUAGAGAAGAGCUGAAUUGUGUAAAUCGGAGCUUCCUUCCAUCUCAGAGCUCUGGGGAUAGUUCAGAUGACAGUGGUACCCAGUAUCUAUCAUCUGGAGAAAAACAGAAAUACCAGCAGCAAGAGGAUGUACAACAGCUUCGCCAGAAUUUACACCGGCUCCAGAUUCUGUGCAGCUCAGCCGAAAAAGAGCUCCGGUAUGAGCGAGGAAAGAAUUUGGACUUAAAGCAGCAUAAUAGCUUACUUCAGGAAGAAAGCAUUAAGAUCAAAAUUGAACUAAAGCAGGCCCAGCAGAAGUUAUUAGAUGGUACAAAGAUGUGCUCUUCACUCACGGCAGAAUGGAAGCACGGUCAGCAGAAAAUCAGGGAACUGGAGCUGGAGGUACUUAAACAGGAUCAGAGCAUUAAAUCACAGGACAACCUGAAGGAAAAGCUGGCUCAAGAGAAAUCAAAAGUCGCUGAUGCAGAGGAAAAGAUUUUGGUUCUGCAGCAGAAAUUAGAACAUGCUCAUAAAGUCUGUCUCACAGACACUUGUAUUUCGGGAAAGAAGCAACUAGAGGAAAGGAUAAAGGAAGCACUAGAAAAUGAAGCGAAGACAAAGCAACUAUAUCAGGAGGAACAACAGAAGAGGAAACUCCUAGAUCAGAAUGUAAAUGAGCUACAAAAGCAAGUGAGAAUCUUACAAGAUAAAGGGAAUCAACUGGAAAUAACCACUUCUCAGCAACAAUCCAGAAUUCAGCAGCAGGAGGCCCAACUUCAAAAAUACUUGGAAAACAAGAAAGAAAAAUCGGAUGAGCAUCUCAAGAGCAACGGAGAACUGUCAGAAAAGCUGUCCAAGUUGCAGCAAGAGAAGGAAGCACUGUGUAAAGAAUAUGCGCAACUUUUGAAGCAGAUGGAUGCCCAUAUGAGAGACUUCAAUGAGAAACAUCACCACCACAAAGUCAAGCUUGGCCGAGUCAAGAACCUUUUACUUCAGGAAGUAGAGCUGCGAGAAAAGAGAAUUGAGCAUUUGGAAAAUGAAGUCAGAAUCCUGCAGCACCAAGUGGAAAAGGAGAAGGCAUUCCAGGACAAGAUCAUUGCUCAAAAUGAUAUACUGCUCCUAGAGAAAAGGAACCUUCUGGAAAAACUCACAGAGAAAGAAGAAUUAAUCAAGAGCAAUAAAGGGGUAACAUCUUCAGUCCAGAACAAAGUACUUCUCCUGGACAAAGAAAAUAAGCAUUUGCAGGAAACCAGUCUCUGGCUCAAACACCAGGUUGGCUUUUUAGAGAGUAUCAUAAGGAGCAUCCAGAUUCGCAGAGAAGAGGAGACAAAAAUUAGUAACAUCCCUGAAUUUGAAUUAUUUUAUAAAAUCUUGCCCCUUCCAAACUCCAGUUUUUCAGGAACAGGUUUGGUAGAGUCAGAUGGAAAUCUUCAAGGGAUUGAAGAAAAUAAGUCAGAAGAAGCAAUGCCAAACCCCAAGUCCUCCAAGUCUCUUUCAUGUUCACAGAAUUCUAAAGCUGGAUAUGUAAAUGUGCCUUUUCUUAAAGAGACACAUUGCAUCGUAGAAGAAGACCAGAAGUCAGAACUAUAAAAUCAUUGGUGGCUAAACUAGGCUGAUCAAAGCUGCUAACUUAAAGCUUGGGCAUGAAGGUGGAACAUGACAUGGAGAACAGUUACCACAGAUCCUCAUGGGACAUCAACCAGGAGCCUUCAGAAUUGCUGAUGAAUUCAUUAAACCAGUUGUAAAAAUGGA